UUGCCCUUGACAGAUACCAAAAUGAUGAGUGACGCAAGUGACAUGUUGGCAGCGGCGUUGGAGCAGAUGGAUGGGAUUAUAGCAGGUUCUAAGGCGCUGGAAUAUUCCAAUGGGAUUUUUGAUUGCCAGUCUCCCACCUCCCCGUUCAUGGGAAGCCUUCGAGCUCUGCACCUUGUGGAAGACCUGCGUGGCUUAUUAGAGAUGAUGGACACAGAUGAAAAGGAAGGUUUGAGAUGCCAGAUCCCAGAUUCAACAGCAGAAACGGUCGUCGAAUGGCUUCAGAGUCAAAUGACAAAUGGACACCUGCCCGGGAAUGGAGAGGUGUAUCAAGAAAGGCUAGCACGUUUAGAAAAUGAUAAAGAAUCUCUCGUUCUUCAGGUAAGUGUGUUAACAGACCAGGUAGAGGCUCAAGGAGAGAAGAUUCGAGAUUUGGAGUUUUGUCUUGAAGAGCACAGGGAAAAGCUGAAUGCUACAGAAGAAAUGCUGCAGCAGGAGCUUCUGAGUAGGACAUCCUUAGAAACUCAGAAGUUGGAUCUGAUGGCUGAAAUAUCUAACUUGAAGCUAAAACUGACAGCUGUAGAGAAGGACAGAUUGGAUUAUGAAGAUAGGUUCAGAGACACCGAGGGGCUAAUGCAAGAGAUCAAUGAUUUGAGGUUAAGAGUCAGUGAAAUGGACAAUGAAAGACUUCAGUAUGAAAAAAAGCUGAAAUCAACUAAAUCUUUAAUGGCCAAACUUUCUAGCAUGAAAAUCAAGGUGGGUCAGAUGCAGUAUGAAAAGCAGCGGAUGGAGCAAAAAUGGGAGUCACUGAAGGACGAACUGGCAUCUUUAAAAGAACAACUGGAGGAGAAGGAAUCUGAAGUAAAAAGGCUACAAGAAAAAUUGGUGUGCAAGAUGAAAGGAGAAGGGGUGGAAAUUCUUGACCGAGAUAUUGAAGUGCAAAAAAUGAAAAAGGCUGUGGAGUCUUUGAUGGCAGCAAAUGAAGAAAAGGAUCGGAAAAUAGAAGAUCUUCGACAGUGCCUGAAUAGGUACAAGAAAAUGCAAGAUACGGUGGUACUGCCCCAAGGCCAAGAUGGCGACUUUGAAGAUCUGCUCACUUCCGGUUCCAUCUCUACUUUGCUGGAUGUGCAGGGUUUUAGUGACCUGGAGAAAAGUCUAUCACCUACACCAAUCAUGGGAUCUCCCAGUCGUGACCCAUUUAACACAAGUGUUCCGGAAGAGUUCCACACCAGCAUCUUGGAAGUUUCAAUCCCUUCAUCACUGCCAGCAUCUAAGGGCUUGGAAGCUUCUGAAAAAACAAAAUUGCCUCCUCAACCAGAGACUUCAUUUGAAGAAAGCGAUGGAAAAAUAAUCCUUGGUGCUGCUGUUGAAACCGAGCCUUGUGAUAGUCUUUCAACUUCAAGUCUGCAAAAGUCCAGCAGCCUGGGCAAUCUGAAGAAAGAGUCAUCAGACGGGGAAAAGGAGUCUGUUCGGAAGCCUUCAGAGGAUAAAGCUCCAGUAGAAAGCAGCCCGUUUGGGAGCCUCCCUCCGAAAGCUCCAGGACAUGAUGCCUCCAUGGACGACAACCCUUUUGGCACUCGGAAAGCCAGAUCUUCUUUUGGGCGUGGCUUUUUUAAAAUAAAAAAUAACAAGAGGACUGCGAGUGCACCAAACUUGGCUGAAACAGAGAAGGAGACAGCUGAGCACCUAGAUCUGGCUGGUGUAUCUUCCCAGCCAAAAGAUUCGCAGGGAAGCAGUCCCUUCCAGAUAUCUCCACCAUCGCCGGAUUCCAAAAAGAAAUCCAGAGGUAUCAUGAAACUCUUUGGAAAACUUAGGAGAAGUCAGUCAACUACAUUCAACCCGGAUGACAUGUCUGAGCCCGAAUUCAAAAGAGGAGGGACAAGGGCAACUGCAGGACCACGACUGGGUUGGUCUCGAGAUUUGGGACAAUCUAACAGUGACUUGGAUAUGCCAUUUGCCAAAUGGACCAAGGAGCAGGUUUGCAGUUGGCUUGUGGAACAAGGCUUGGGAUCCUACCUGAAUUCUGGCAAGCACUGGAUUGCAUCUGGCCAAACCCUUCUGCAGGCUUCUCAACAAGAUCUGGAGAAGGAACUUGGAAUUAAGCAUUCACUUCAUCGAAAGAAACUCCAGCUGGCACUGCAAGCCCUGGGGUCCGAAGAAGAAACCAACCAUGGAAAGCUGGAUUUCAACUGGGUCACUAGAUGGUUGGAUGAUAUCGGUCUCCCCCAGUACAAGACCCAGUUUGACGAAGGACGGGUAGAUGGUCGAAUGCUCCAUUACAUGACUGUUGAUGACUUACUAUCUUUGAAAGUCGUGAGUGUGCUACACCAUCUCAGUAUCAAAAGGGCUAUCCAGGUCCUGAGGAUCAAUAACUUUGAACCCAACUGUCUGCGGAGGCGGCCCUCUGACGAGAACAGCAUCACCCCAUCAGAAGUUCAGCAGUGGACCAACCAUCGGGUGAUGGAGUGGCUGCGCUCCGUGGACUUGGCAGAAUAUGCCCCCAAUCUCAGAGGCAGUGGUGUCCAUGGUGGGCUCAUGGUUCUAGAACCUCGUUUUAAUGUAGAAACAAUGGCUCAGUUAUUGAACAUCCCACCAAGUAAGACCCUCUUGCGAAGACAUUUGGCUACUCACUUCAACCUUCUGAUCGGUGCUGAGGCCCAGCACCAAAAGCGUGAUGCCAUGGAGUUACCAGAUUAUGUACUGCUAACAGCCACUGCCAAAGUGAAGCCAAAGAAACUUACCUUCAGCAAUUUUGGGAAUCUGAGAAAGAAGAAACAGGAAGAUGGGGAAGAAUAUGUUUGUCCAAUGGAAUUGGGACAGGCUUCAGGAAGUACUUCUAAGAAAGGAUUUAAACCUGGAUUGGACAUGCGCCUAUAUGAUGAAGAUGAUUUGGACCGGUUAGAGCAGAUGGAGGAUUCAGAAGGGACGGUGAGACAGAUAGGGGCGUUCUCUGAAGGCAUCAACAAUCUAACACACAUGUUAAAGGAGGAUGACAUGUUUCGAGAUUUUGCCGCCCGUUCCCCCAGCGCCAGCAUUACUGACGAGGACUCCAACGUUUAAGCCAAGCACUUGGUUGAGCAUGAGGAGCCCCUCGUCUUUUCUCCACCUGAUUUCUCAAACAGCUCGCAGAAGAUCUAACAAGCAGCAGAUUGUAUACGGUUUAUCAUUCCACCUUCUCAGAAGUGGAAACGGGAAGUGGGGGGGGGUGGGUACCUAUUUUGAAGAUGCCAUGAAAAAUGAGACACUGGUGAAUGAGAGUAUAAUUGUCCUCUAUAUUUAAUGUAAAAAUAUGUGAUAUAUUUAAAGUGUUGCAUUUAAUUCGAGUGUUUUACCUAGCGUUUCACGUUCACAUUCAGCAGUAUGCAGGAUUUGGGAAGCGGGAAGCAGUGCGUGGAUGAUCUUGUCACGUCUGUGUGACAGCCCUGUGGCCGUCAAAGCAGGACAUUACAUGCUUCCAAAAGCAGUAUGUGGGAUUUCUUCAUGCGUUCAGUGCGCCCGCUAAAUGCCAGCCGCACCUCCACUUUCCUCUUAUUGUCCUAUUUUAUAUAUUUUUCUAAAUACGUGUAUAUAUUUAGUACAUAGAAAAUAGAACUUUUAUUUUGUGACAUACGGAAGAUGGUGAAAAGCAAAUACAGUGAUCAAAAUGGUCAUAUACCAGCUGGUCCUUGGAAAGGUUGGGAUGAUCUCUCCUUCUCCACAACUGAAUUUUAAUGAUAUUAAUAUUGAUCAUCCCAACUAAAUUAAGAUAUAUGAAAUACCCCUUCUUUGAUCACAUAUCACCCAAUGUUGAAGAGUUAAAAAAGUUUCAACCUCCAUCUUGGAUCCUUUCACCUCAAAAGGAAGAACGCCAGGGAUGUUUAAAUACUAUUAACGCAAAUGCAUUCAAAAGUUCCCCCCAAAUUUGUAGAAAUGAUUUCUGAAGAAACCAAACCUAAACAAAAACCUUUACAGUAUUAAGCUGCUUAUUUUCCUUCUUGCUAAAUAUAUCAUUAUGUCAAAAUACUAACAAUGUACCUACUGUUAUUGAUUGUACAUUUCUCAGGCUAUCAAUGAAUGGGAUUUUGUUAAGCUGAAUAUUCGUCUGAACAUUUUGUCUCAGAGUUCAAUAACGCUGAGGCUGCAAAAUGAGUUUUAGAAUGGCUAUACUGUGAUGAGAAAAUGUAGUUCAUGUUUUUCUAUAGCACAGGGCCCAGACAGCAUCUCUAAAGGGGAGAGCCGUGGCAAAAACUUACUGUGUUUAUCAUUUUUUUUAGGGGAAUUCAAAAAAAAUCCUAUUUUUUAUUCACUACUACAUCACUUCUCACGAUAGCCAACUUGGCAAAGACAGGUUUUCAUAAAUUGGCAUGGGGAUGGGCAGUUCAGUAUGUGCCAGUGGAUUUGCUUAUAAAUUAUAUUUAAAUGUCAGUGGUGUGAUCUUGCAAGCUAUUAGCAGGUUACUUUCCAACAAGGGCCUGUAAUACCAAAUUACUGUUUAUUCAUGACUAAAAUGAUCUGAUGCUAAUUAAUAGUCUUUUGCUCCCUACCAUUCAUCGUUUGGUAACUGUAUUGGGCUCUUACAUAUUAGUGCUUUAUUUUAAUGUGAACAUAUGUCACCAUUUGAAAAACAAUUUCUUAUUCAAACCUGGUUAAAAAAAAAUACCAGGAGACUGUUAUAGAUGCCAAAUAUUCUUUAUUCAGGGCAGUGUAACAUAACUGAUGAUACGUGAUAAAGUUAAAAUUUUUUUGAUGAUAUAUAUUUUAUUUACAAAACAUUGUACACUGCUGGUAUUAUCAUAUGAAAAGAAAUAAAGUCAAUUGAUAAUU